AUGCUGAAGCAACGACAUCAGCUCUUUGUGACUCUGUUUGCGUGUACCGAUGCGGUCUCCGCGAUUGGUGCGUGUGCAGGUGCGUGGGCGAUUCGGCAUGCACGGUAUGGCGGAUUUGAUCAGACAUUUCGUGUGUAUCUCCAAGAAUCUCUGACUGUCCUGGUGGUUCCGGUACUUGCGUUCACCAUGUACGCGAUCGGUUUGUAUCGUCCACGGCGCGAUCGUGCGUUGUGGGGUGAGAUCACACAGGUAUUCCGGGCUUCGAUUGUCGCGAUGGUGAUCGCGAUCGCUUUGAUCUGGGUGAUCGGCGGAUUGCAGACUCCCAAGGUCCAGACGGUCGGUCCGGUCGUCCCGACUGAGAUCUUUACUGUCCCAUUCCGUUUUCAGAUCUUGACGCUGACCAUUCUGCUCCCGACUCUGCUUUCACUCCAGCGUGUGAUGGUUCGGCUCGGGCUUCGUGCGAUUCGUCGGCGUGGACGCAAUACUCGGCAUGUCGCGAUCCUCGGGGUUGGUCGACUUGGACAAAUUGCAGCGCAGACGCUUGAACGCAAUGACUGGACUGGUAUCCGUGUUGCAUACUUCAUUAGUCAUCACGAGCAAUCGAAUCGAGACGAGUGCAUCGGAAAGCCUGUAUUCGGAGGGACAAAGCAGCUCGCGACGAUUCUGGAGCAGCAUCCUGUGGAUGCGAUUUAUCUCGCGAUGCCCAAUGCGAAAGCCGCGAAAGUUCCGCACUUGUUGCAGCGGCUUGAACGAUUCGCGAUCGAUGUUCGUCUGAUUCCUGAUGUGCGAUUGAAGUAUCUUCCCCAAUCGAUGGCGGUGUCCGAACUGGAAGGGAUGCCGAUCUUGAGCUAUCGCGAGAACCCACUCUCUGGAGUGGGGGGUAUGUUGAAGCGGUUGGUCGAUAUCGUGGGGUCGUUGGUCGGUUUGGUGCUCUUUGCGCCGAUCAUGAUCGUGAUUGCACUGAUCAUCCUCUGCACUUCAAAGGGCGGAGUCAUCUUCCGGCAGAAGCGUGUGAGUCUGGGUGGUGGUACCUUCUGGAUUUACAAGUUUCGCACGAUGGAUGCGAACGCGGAAUGCGAUUCAAAGUGGACACAGGUUGACGACCCUCGUGUGACGCGUGUCGGUAGCUGGCUCCGGAAGACGAGCCUGGAUGAGAUCCCGCAGCUAUUCAAUGUACUGAUCGGGGAAAUGUCGCUCGUGGGUCCUCGUCCUGAGCGUCCUGAGUUGAUUGAUCGCUUUCGUGAUGACUGGCGCGGCUACAUGAUCCGUCAGCAUGUGAAAGCCGGGAUGACCGGCUGGGCGCAGGUCAACGGGCUCCGUGGGAACACCAGUUUGAGGAAGCGAUUGCAGUACGAUCUGUUCUAUAUCCGGCACUGGUCGAUCUGGUUCGAUUUCAGAAUCCUGCUGAUGACGAUCAUGCGUGGAUUUGCCGUCGUGGCAAGACGAAACAAGGCAUUUACACUGAUUGAACUACUGGUGGUCAUCGCGAUCAUCGCUCUUCUCAUCGGCAUCCUCCUGCCCGCGCUCGGACAGGCACGCCGAUCGGCACAGAAUGUUGUGGCGCAGGCCAACGCUCGCUCCCUCAACACUGGUGCAGCAAACUACGCGGGCGAUUCUGAUGACCGCAUCUUCAGCUUCACAUGGCGUCAAGGCGGGUAUUACAUCAACCUGAAGAACGGUAACAUCCGUCCUUCACCUGCUCCGAGCGAUACCGUCGCCGCAGCUUGGCAGGCGCAGAACAUUCUUCAGCGUGCGACCGGUCGUCUGAAAGGAACGGGUUCGUUCAUCGCUCCUCAGCAGCGUCUCAUGCACCGUCGUUACUCGCACCUUGUGCUUCUUGAUUAUCUGACUGAUCGUCAGCCGGAACCGAUUGCGGCGUCCCCGUUCGACAAGAACCUCAUCAACUGGCAAGAAAACCCACUCGAGUACCUCGAGCCUGGCAACUCAUUCCCAUACGGGAACGGUCAACCGAGCCAAGCAGGGUACGAUAUGGAUCCGAACUGGACGCCAACAGCUAUCAAGCAACUCUGGCCGUUCGCUUCGACCUACCAAAUGGUUCCUGCAGCAUGGAACACUGACGGCAUCAAUCGUACAAACACCUAUGUUCCGAUUGACACCACGCCGCACCUGUUUACCAGCUUGACCGGUCAGUUCCCUACACUCGGUCGUCGCAAGAUGACUCAGGUCGCUCACCCAUCAGGCAAGGUCAUGAUGUUCGAAGAGUUCGACCGAUUCUCUGAUCCAUCAGGUCUUUACUUCGCAUAUCCUGAAGCGAAAGCGAACCUCGCGUUCUUCGAUGGAUCCGUGCGUCAGGAAGAGACCUCAAGUGCUAACGCGGGUUGGAAUCCAGAAGAUCCAGAUCAGCCAUGGACUCAGAGAUAUGUUCCGCUUGACACAUUCCCAUUGCCGAAGGGUGGAUUGGGUGACCAGGCUGAAUACUGUCAGCGUUACCGCUGGACUCGCAAUGGUCUCCAAGGUAUCGACUUUGGUGGAGCUGAUGUAGGGACCGCUGGCAAUCCAGACAUCAUCAAUCCUGAGUGUUCAGUCCUUCCAUAA